GUAGACCAGUUGAACCCUCAGGAGUGCCUCAUUGCUUAAUGCUUCCUCACCACUUAUCAGAAGCUUCAAUCUUGGCGGUAGCGCUAUGGUUGAUGCUGGAAUUUUCCCUUGCUCAGGGACAGGCACAAUAUCGAUUAACCCAGUUGCGCCCAGGGCGACCGCAGAAGCCACUGGUGUUGAAAUCUGGUCCCGAAUGUCCGUUCCCAUACUUUCCCAAUGGGGUGGCCAAACCUCGCCAGCGUAACAAGAUGAUCCGAUUCACCUGUGCCAGUGGGUUCACACUUGUCGGAAACAUGUACUCGAUGUGCGAGAAAGGCCGCUGGGAUACACCGAUUCCGAUCUGCAUCCGUCCAGGCUGCCCGGACUUAGCAGUUGUAGAGAAUGGUCAAAUUUCGCACGAAAAUGGACAGGCUGCUGGGAUGUUGUUUUGUAGCAGCGGCUAUCAGGUAGCGGGAUCAGCGAAAACUUAUUGCAAUGGAACGCAUUGGGAUCGUCCGCUAGGCAGUUGCCGUGAAACGGGUAUUGCGGUGCAAACUAGCUGCGAUUUUGAAGUGCUCGAUUUAUGCGGAUGGAUGAACGAAGCCACCCAUGACUUUGAUUGGAAACGAAGUGACGGAGUUGUGUCUCCAAAGGCAUUAAAAACUGGACCGAAGUAUGAUCAUACUACGAUGACUCCACUGGCUGGUCACUUUAUGAUGGUGGACUCCGCCGAACAGUUCACGAACGAAACAGCUCGCAUGCUUUCUCCGGUUUACUCCUCUAACUACAGCGUGAACGCAUGUUUCCUGUUCUACUAUCACAUGUUCGGUGACUCAGUUGGAACGCUCUCGGUGUACGUAAAACCAGUAUCGCAACCGCUAGAUAGUAUGAGCAACGACGACGCCUACUACACAAUCAGUGGUAAUCAACGGAAUGUUUGGAACGAGGGAUAUUUUGAUCUGCGUCAGCAGUCGGAAAAUUUCCAAAUCAUCAUCGAAGCUUCGCUGGGAAUGAAAUUCAAAAGUGACAUUGCAAUCGACGACGUAAAUCUGCUGAACGGCGACGAUUGCCGCUCAAAAUUUGAAGGAGACGAUGUCGUUCCCGUCUCGCCGAUUGUAACAGACGAAAUACCCCCAGAAGUUCCAGAUGACGGAAACAUUCUCAAAAUAGAUUCAUGUGAAAACCGGUGCGGCAAAAGUAACAUAAGUUUGACACAAAAAAAUGAUCAGAAUACCGUCCACUGCGAUUGCUACGAGGGUUGCGUAGAUAUGAAAAUCUGUUGUCCUGACUACGCGGAACGAUGUGUGUUCAAUGAUACUUUGAUCGCAUCGUCGUCUGUUACGAUGCCGUCUACCAUAAAAACAACGUCCACUGCAUCUACAAUUCAGUCUACAACCACAGCAACCUCUACAGUUCGAACAACAACUCCAACAACGCCGACGUCAACUACCACCCCACGAAUUACAACCGCCUCGACGCCGAAAUCUACACAGCAGUCUACCACUACAAAGAAAUCAACAAGCAAAACCACUGCCAGAACGUACAACCUUAGACCACGGAACACCACAGUAGAACCCGUACUCAUACCGAUGAUUCGAACGCGAAGACCCACUACAGUGACAUCGGCAAGAACGGAAACUACAGCGCCGACAACUGAAAUGGUAACACUGAAAAUGAUUGCCCACUUCGGUGAUUCCAAUGUCGAUGACAUGCCUCCUUCGAUGGUUGAAUGGGGCGAUGUAAAACCAAACCUGGGUCGUGUAUUCCUGUACACCGGUGUCGGUGUUGUUUCGUUCGGAUGCGUAGUGCUGUUGAUUACGCUGCACAUUAGGCGCAAUUCGGGAGCUAGUGUGCUUAAUCGGUUAAAACAGAAAUCGAUGAAGAAGAAUUUCGACAGUACGGAAGGGUUCGAGGAUGUGCGGUUUCUGGCAGCGGAUGAACAUUUGGAUUUUACAAUACCGGACGAUGCGGAAGAAGCAGCCGAGAGCAACGACGACAGUGACGAGGAGAAGAAAGUUAUCAAGAAAGGCGAAAAGAAGACCAGUAAGAAGGGAAAGCAAUAAGUUGCGGUAUGAUAUGUAACUUUUAAGUUAUUUUUAAAACUUGAAUUAAAAAUAAAAAC